AUGGAGCAAAGCAGCAGCAGUAGUGAUUUGUUUCAUCAACUGCAUAAGCUACCAUCAUCAGCAUCAGAAGAAACUCUAUCACAUAUUCUCGAAACCCUGUGGAAAACCAGAAAAUCUGGUCUUAGACCAGUCGACAAAUCUUCAAUUCGAUCUCUCCUUUGUCUUCCUUCUCUUCGAGAACUUGAUCCGUUGUUAGCAUGUCUCCGUUCACUUAUCAAAAAAUCAGUACACGAGAACCUAAUUGCAGAUGAUAUACUGAAACUAUUUCCCAUAGACUUGUCCCUCCACCUGCAAACUACUCUUGUUUUGUUACUCCAGAGGUAUCAGAAUCAGUGGAAAGAGGAUGUGUCCAUGGACAGGCAAACGACAGGAGGCGUUCUGUGCCAGGGUAAUGUUGGUACAGCAACCCCUUUGCUCGCACCUUUUUCAGCUGCAGCGGCAGAGAUGUUGUCUCCAUUGUGGUCUCGUCAAGAUGAUGUUCCUGGUUGCUUCAAUCACAGUGAAAUUGUCAGUUGUGCACCUAUUGUUUGCGAUGGUAACAUAUCAAAUGUGGCUGCAUCCGUACCCCCUGAGGAUAUGGGAAUGUUACCUUGCCUCAAAUCGAUGAGUUGGACCAUGGAGAGGCGGAGCUCAGCACCAGGUAAUAGAGCAGCUGUCAUCAGUCUAAAGUUGCAAGAUCGUAAUAAAUCAGGAGAGACUGAAGUGAAGUUUCAAAUUACUAAAGAUACUAUGGAAGCCAUGUUGAGAUCAAUGACCUACAUCAGUGAGCAGCUUGAAAACAUUGCAGCUGGGAAAAUUCCCUCUGAACCAUUGCAGAAGAAGCAACGGCAGUAG